UGGUCGGAAGUGAAAAGCGCGACCUGGGCUCCAGCCUCCGGGGCCGGGGCCGGUCCCGGAGCCUCCCGCGGCCUCCUAGUGCCCCGAGCCGGGCCGGAUGGACCGUGAGACGCGCGCCCUCGCCGAGCGCUACUUCCGAGGCGGCGGGCGUGGCGACCCGAGAUGCAGUCCGGUCCUGGGACGCGUGGCCUUUAUUCCAGAACCCGCCUCUUUCUCCUACGCUGACUUCGUCCGCGGCUUCCUGUUGCCCAACCUUCCCUGCGUGUUUUCUAGCGCCUUCACCGAGGGCUGGGGCGGCCGGCGGCUCUGGGUGACGCCUACGGGCAGGCCAGACUUCGACCACCUGCUGCGGGUCUAUGGAGAUGUGGUUGUACCUGUUGCAAACUGCGGGGUCCAGGAAUACAACUCAAACCCCAAAGAACACAUGCCCCUCAGAGACUACAUCACUUACUGGAAAGAGUACAUCCAGGGGGGCUACUCCUCUCCCAGGGGCUGUCUCUACCUCAAAGACUGGCACCUGUGCAGGGACUCCUCAGCAGAGGAUGUGUUCACCUUGCCUGUGUACUUCUCAUCUGACUGGCUGAACGAGUUCUGGGAUGCCCUGGAUGUGGAUGACUACCGAUUUGUCUAUGCUGGGCCCAAGGGCACCUGGUCUCCAUUCCACGCUGACAUCUUCCGCUCCUUUAGCUGGUCCGUCAACAUCUGUGGGAGGAAGAAGUGGCUCCUCUUCCCUCCAGGGCAGGAGGAGGCCCUGCGGGAUCGCCAUGGUAGCCUGCCCUAUGAUGUGACCUCCCCCUUGCUUCUUGAUGCCCAUCAGUACCCAAGGCGCCAGCACUGUGGCCCACCCCUGGAGGUCACACAGGAGGCGGGCGAGAUGCUAUUCGUACCCAGUGGGUGGCACCACCAAGUCCACAACCUGGAUGACACCAUCUCCAUCAACCACAACUGGGUGAAUGGCUUCAACCUAGCCCACAUGUGGCACUUCCUGCAGCAGGAGCUGCGAGCGGUGCAGGAGGAAAUUGGCGAGUGGAGGGACUCCAUGCCCAACUGGAACCACCACUGCCAGGUCAUCAUGCGGUCCUGCUCAGGCAUCAACUUUGAAGAAUUCUAUCACUUCCUCAAGGUCAUCGCUGAAAGGAGGCUGCUUGUCUUGGGCAAGGGCAUGGCAGAGGGCAGUGCAGGUGCUGAGCUGGGCCCUGAACAGGCAGCGUUUGAUGUCGGGCGCAUCUCAGAGGUGCUGGCCUCUGUAGUUGAACACCCAGACUUCCAGAGAGUGGAUACCAGCAUGUUUUCACCACAGCCUGAGGAGCUGCUGCAGCAGCUUAGGGAGGCUGUUGGUGUCACCAUGGUCCUUUAGUGUUCCUGCCCCACCUUGAGCCAUGUGGCCUGGAUGUUCCAGGAAUGGCCCUUCCUGUGCAUCCACUGGAAUCCUGGCCAUCUGUGACCAUUGUCCAGGUCCCUGUUCUCAGGUGGGGCCUGGUGAGGUCAGGGGCCUUGGAUCUGCUGAGAGGGUGCUAGAUGGGGACAUUGGUCCAUCUGACCUGCAGCAAACCUGCAGGAGCUCAGGCUGGAUGGCAUUGUGACCAGGUUUUCUUGGAGCCACCACACCCCUAGUGAAGGCUAGGGCACCUGAGCUGAGGGGCAUCUGUGUCCUGUCUGCCUGCUCUUGAGGCUCCUCCUGGUGGUGCUGUGCUUCCAUGUGCUUACCAGGGCCUUGAGGUGGGGAAGCUGAGCUUGCCCCACUCUCCCAUGUGGGGGACUUGGAGGGUGGGCUACAGAGCCUAUGGCCCAGGCGUUCCUUUCCCACAGCCCCCACAUGGCAGGCCUGGUCUCUGCCCUCAGGAAAGCCUGGCUGCUCCUCUGCCAGGCUCAGGGCCCUCUCCCCCUCCCUGAAUUCUGGGCUGGGAGGGUGCCUGCUGUUUCUCAUGCUUGCUGCACACUGUAGGUGCCCUAUAAAUCCUUGAGGGAGGAGGGAGCAGGCAGGUAGUGUGUUACCUGCCCAGCACCUCCACCUAUAGCUCACCCAUCUCAGUGCUACCUCGCCCUCUGCAUGGUUGAGUCUUCUGGUGACAUUGUUCUCAGGAGUGCUGUCCCCACCUCUACAUGCUGGGCACAAAGGUUGAGGUGAGCAGGCUGCUUACCAGGGCCUCACCCUGAACCUCAUGGAAGUAUAGCUGGCCAGCAGGGCUGGCAUGUGCUAUAGGGGUAUGAUUCUUGGGCCAUCCAUGGCUCUGAGGCUCCCUGCUCCUGCAGGAGAUGCCCUAGACCUCAGCCUUCUGGCAGUAACGACGAGAGGAGCAGGGCUCUGUCUACAUCCUUGACCCCUAGUCCACUCCUUUUCCAUUGGUCCUGGAUCUGCCAUCCCCACCCCAGCAACAGAGGAUGCAUCUGACUGCUGUGCCAUCCAAUGUGGCCACCUUGACUCCUGGCCAGCAUGGAUACCCAGGAGGGCAGGGACUAAUGUCUGUUGAAUAAAUUAUGCUAAGUGCCUGGAAGAACA